AUGAUGAGUGCCUUAACAGGAUUACUUUUACUGAUCUGCAUUGCUAUGCCAAACUUUUCUACGACAACCACAAACAGUAUUCCAAUUACUCACAUCGACAACUUCUCAAAUACAUACUCAUUUUAUAUUCCACGUGGCUAUAUGCCAGCCGUUGCUGUCGAGGAAUCUCUUGUUGUCCAGUACUCGUCUAUUGAUGAUGUUGAUACGUGGCCAUUUUGGAUCAGAAAUAACAUGAGAUCCGAAGGUGAGCACGCAACAGAAAAAUAUGUUCCACCAAAGUUCAAAAUUACAAACAAACUCUCUGAACCAAUCUAUUUCAACAGAGCAGAAUAUUAUAACGUUACAAAUGUAACAAUUGACCACAUUGUCAUUACUCGUAAUCCGAAUAUUGUCAAGCUUAUUUUCACAUUCACAUAUAGCUUGCCAAUUAGCAUUCCACAAGCCAUCCUUGCUUAUGCAUCUCUUCCUUUCCUUGCUUUCUGCAUUAAGUCACCGCUUUUGAUCCCGUUGGUUCUUUUAUAUUUCGCUUCUUUCUCAAGCUUCACAACAAAUCAGUCCGCUCUUUUCUACAGACUUUAUUCGGCAUAUUUAAUUUUCAUUACCUUCCGCCAUACAUCCAAGCACUCUACAAUUGCAAACGCCUUAUGCGAUGUCCUUCGGCCAGCAGGCAUCUGCAUUUGCGCCUUGUAUUCAAUUGUUUCAAUCCUCAAACUCGGAUUCCAAUGCCCAUUCGCUAUUUCAACCUCUCCAGUUGAUAUAUUAUGCGGUCUUUCAAUUGUACAGAUCAUUGGCCUCGUUGCUGCUAACCAGAGCAACUUACCAAUCUUUUUGGAUUUCAUUGGAGCAAUUUCCACAAUGAUUCCUUACGUUCUUCAGCUCCUACUUCCAGUAUAUAUUUCUGGCAUCAGAGCUUGCGCUGCUUCCUACCUUUCCGCUUCAAUUCUUUCUCUUAACGGUUUAAUGGCAAUUAUCAUGUCAGAAACCCUUAUUGAACGUGAUGAUACAGUCUCAGAAAACGUCAUUGGUGUCAUUACAAGAGAAACAUCUUCAUCAUCCGGCGAUUUAGUUGCAAUUGAAAGAGAUGACGGUUUAAAGAUCAUGAAGAUCAGAGGUUUCAACGCUUUGACACUUAUUGUUGCAUUAGCACCAACAGCUGUUUCUAUUCUCCUCCUCUUCUUCGCUCAAUUCGGUGGAUUCCCUCCAGCAGAGUUCCUUGUUUCCCCACCAUAA